GAGAGCAGUAGUAUUUCUCAGCGAGUACAAUGAAGGCUGCUCUGUUCUUUGUUGCUGCCCUGGUCGCAGUUGCGGUGGUCCAAGGACAACCAGAAGAGUCGACCACUGCCGCCAUCCAGGGUGAGGAACAGCCGUCCGCCACCAUCCCGGCUGUGAGAACAUUGGUGGCGGCAUCGUACGCGGAAGAAGACGAGGAUACCAUUUGUGUCCAGGCAGACAACAAGUUCUACUUGUAUGCCAAUUCACUGAAGCUGUAUUCUUGCUACAACCUGCUACCGAAGGUUUACGUGGUGAAACCAAAGAGUCUCUGUAAACCAACCCUGUCAGACUGCCCCAAGAACUAGAAGCAUUGCAAGUCCGUUGGCUCAGCUUGAAGAGACUGACUCGUCUGCGAUUGAGUGAGGACCAGAUGGCUGGCCUGCUGACUGAAGGCAUCUACAGUAUUCAGAGAAAGCAAGAAAUCACGAGAGCGUCAGAACUUACCUCUUUUUCUAGCAACGAGAAGUGGAGGAAUCGACUAAUCCUCUUUCAUGCUUCACGACAGGCAAUAAAUCACACCAGCGUUACAUUUGGGCGAGAAACUGACUCCAAAAACUUGUGUUUAAAAACAUUGUUUUCCCUGUUUUUUUAUCUUUCUGAUGGCCUUGUAAUAGUUUUAUACUGACGCAAUAAAACUGUAGUUUCAUGUC